UGAAGAGUGACUUCAGUAUGAGGAAAAAAUAAAAACACAAAACACUUCACAGCGAUAGACAGACAGAUAGUUUGAUGGAAAAAUGUCAGCGGUGCCUGAUGGCAAGAAGCUGGUCCGAAGCCCGAGCGGACUCCGCAUGGUACCGGAGAACGGAGCGUUCAACAGCCCUUUUUCGCUAGACGAGCCUCAGUGGGUUCCGGAUAAAGAGUGUCCCAGAUGUAUGCAGUGUGACACAAAAUUUGACUUCAUCACCAGAAAACACCACUGUCGGCGCUGUGGCCGGUGUUUCUGUGAUAAAUGUUGCAGUAAGAAGGUGGCUUUGCCCAGGAUGUGUUUUGUGGACCCAGUGAGGCAGUGCGGGGAAUGCAGCCUCAUCUCUCAGAAGGAAGUGGAGUUCUACGAUAAACAGCUCAAAGUGCUCACUGCUGGUGGCACGUUCCUGGUGACAGUAGGCUCCUCGGAGAAAUCGGAGACGAUGGCGUGCCGUCUGUCAAACAACCACAGAUAUCUGUUCCUGGAUGGAGAGAGCCAUUUUGAGGUGGAGUUGUCAAAAAUCUCCACUAUGCAAGUGCAGACAGAAGGAUCGACACCUGGAGAGAAAGAUAUUCAUACUUACACCACUCUGCUGGACAGUGAUUAUAUAUCAGAAGGUGGUCUGUCUCGUGCCACUGGCAUGCUGCUGCAGUACAAGCCCCCCGGCUCUCAGGACCCCCAGCAGCUUCGCAUGGAGGCCGCCGAUGACAAAAGGAUCGCCUCAGCCUGGCUAGCAGCCAUGCACAAGGCUGCCAAGUUGCUGUACGAGUCAAGGGACCAGUAAAAUAAACGAGAUGAAGGCCAAGUGCAAAAGAGAGAGAGAGAGAGAGAGAGAGAGUGAAAAGAUAGACAGCACGCAAACCUACGUGUGCAUUUUAUGUUAAAGUCUCACAUGUAUUCUGAGAUGCCUACAUGCUUUCUAUUGGAAUUCUCUGCUUUCUGCUGCCCUGUUUAGAUGGACUGGAUUGGACACAUAACCUGUCCAUCUCUCCAAAAGGGAGGACCAAGUUAAUCACUGAUCCUAGUGCAAUAUAUAUAUAUACAUGCACAUAUUCUACAGUUAAUAUGGUCAAGUGUAGUCCGGAUUUUUUCUAAAACAACAAAAAACCAAAAAAAAUCUGUCAGAUAUUCCUAUUUUAACACAAAAAUGCUGUGUAUCUACUUUUUACUGCCGAUAUAUUCACAAAAGUUUUGUAACUCUUUGUACGUUUUAUUUUUGCCCCUCACACUACAAUAAGCAGUUAAUGUGAAUAAGUUGUGUAAGUGAAAAGAAUCCUUCCUCUUUUUAAGUGAGCUGCAGUUGUGCUAUGACUGACUCAACCAAGUAUCCAUUUCUCUUUCCUCCAAAAUGCAACACUAAAGUUCAGUGCUUGGAGUUAGAGAUGGCACAUUAUCACUUUUUCUUUUCCCAUACCUUGGCUGAUACGUAUCCUAAGCUUUAAAAUGAGCUAUUUUUAAAUGAAGCACUUCAUUUAAAAGUAGGCUAUAAUUCUUAAACUACUCACAUACUUAAAGGGCCCAUAUCAUGCAAAAACAAAGCUUCCUCACUUUUUUUAAAAUAAGAGUUUGAUAUAAUCCAUAAACAUCGCUAAAGUUCAUUCCCCAGUCCAUACAUGGAAACCAAGCUGUUAAACAGCCUGUUUUGAAUUCGUCAUUUCUGUGAUGUCACAAAAACCAAUACAUUUACUUAGAUCUUCCUUUUAGCCUACAGCAGUUUAGCCUGCCCACUGAUGCUGAAGUUAUAAACAGUGUUUUAGCCUGGACUGCUUUUUAAAUGAGGGCAGCCAAUAAGAACAGACCUGAUUUACAUAUAAUCAGUCUUAAAGACAUAUUAACAAAAACAUCCUGUUUAGUUCUAAGGGAUAAACACAGGUUGGAAAUGGUCAUUCAACCCACUCAGUGCCCUUUAACUAGAAGAACAUGACAUCACCCAGUGAAGUGUUUCAGGCAAGAUUUGUUACAGGAUUGAAUCAUGUUUAUUCUUCUUUUCCCUCUGGUGGCUGAUCCAGAUUUUCAGCUGAUGUCAGCCUAAUACCAAUACCUGAUAUCGGAUCAGUGUCAUCUCUGCCUGUAAUAUACACAUUUCAAAAGUUUGGAAUCAAUGUUUUCAGUAGAACCGAUAAACCAAUUUCUUUGCACAUGAAUGACAUGAUACUACCAUGUUAGUCUUGUGCAAUUUCUCAGCUUUCCAGUAAUUAGAAGGACACUAAGAAGUGUCCAGAAUGAUGACUAAAGUUGUAGAUUAUUAUAAAAUGAUUGUGAAAGCAUUGAGGAAGUUGUAAUAAAGUUAAAAUUCAGAAUUCUUAUUUCAGAAGUGGAGAUCAAACCUCAAGACAAUUUAUUUGUGAUUGAAUAACUUCUCAUUCACAGAAUUCUGGAAAUAGUGGACAUCUAAACAUCUAAAGUACCAUUGAGUGUGUUUACAUGCACUUAAUAAUCCUAUAACUGCAGAAAAUCAGAUUUUGUCAGUAAUUGGAUCAAUGUGUUUAUAUGCACUUGAGUAAUCAGAUAAUGGGAAACUCCGGGUCCCUAUGAGUCAGGCAGUUGUCAGAUUUCUGCUUUACAACCAGCCAGUAGACUCACUGAAGAAUGCGUGACGUAAACAUAACGUAGCCUCAAACUUUGCGCCACUUUACCUGAAAAUAUGAACAUACAUCAUCUAGAAUAUGAAGAAUAUUUAAGUUCCUCAUUUCGUCAAGCAUGUAGUCGGUUUCAGUGUCGCUCCAUAAGCGUUUUGGUGCGUCUCGCGGCAACACUGCUUGCCUAUUUCCAGUCUGUUUUCGCACAUGCACAGACUGUGAAAUCCGAAAGAAACAGAGUAAGAGUUUACAUGCACUGAGAAAUCUGAUUACUGAGCCAGAAUCCAGCUCUGUUUAUCAGAUUUCUUAAUCGGAUUUCUAGAUCGGAGUAUGCUGUUUACAUGACCAUUUGAAUAAUCAGAUAACUGCAGAAAUCAGAUUUGUCAAGUAACUUAUUUAAGUUAUAUGUUGUGGUAUUUAGAAUAAAUGGUUAAUAUGACAAAUGAUUCCAAACUUUUGAACAGUGGUGUAUAUUCGCUAUAAUAGAUCCUCGUUCUCUAAUUCUGCAGUUUCUGCUGGACGCAGUGCUGGACUUGAGCAAUUUUUUCAGCACUUUUAUAGAGGUCAUAGUUAACCAAGUAACUGAGAAACACAUUCUGAAAACAUGAUUUUGGUUCAGUGGGCUAAAGUUACAGCAGACGUUUUAGCUGGCCAGGCCUUGUCGUUAUAGAAUAGUGUUCAGAACAUGACUUGUGCUGCAUUGUGAAAUUUCCACUCAAGGCUUCCUUGUGAGUCCACGGUCAGUAUUUCAGAGGAAACCAUCUCUGAGUCAAUUCCGUUUUCUUCCCUGAGAGAAACUGUCCUCCAGCAAUUUUUGUACCUGUUUACACAUGUAUGUAUGUGCAUGUUAUUAUUUUUUGACAGUAUCUUCUAAUGCUGAUUAAAUCAGUUCUUUGUAACCGGUAUAUUUGUCUUGAAUUUUUAUUAUUUUUUACUUUUUCUGAACGUUUUCAGGUUUCCCUCAACAAACCAACACUCGGUGCUUUAAAUUCAAAUAAAACAGAGUGUGAUGAUC